AUGGGAGGCCCACGGCCGACUGGUCGCGCGCCGCCAAAUGAAAUCUGCGGCGGCCGGCCCCGCCCCCACUGCCUGACAGCCGCCUCCGACGCUGACGCCCCCACACCGCCACCGCAGAGCGCGCUCCUCUGCCGCCUCCCGCUCCCGCCCCCGCAGACGCCACUAGAAAAAAAGGAAAAAAGGAAAAAAGAAGGAAAAAAGGAAAAAAGAAGGAAAAAAGGAAAAAAGAAGGAAAAAAAGGAAAAAAGAAGGAAAAAAAGGAAAAAAGAAGGAAAAAAAGGAAAAAAGAAGGAAAAAAAGGAAAAAAGAAGGGAAAAAAGGAAAAAAGAAGGGAAAAAAGGAAAAAAGAAGGGAAAAAAGGAAAAAAGAAGGGAAAAAAGGAAAAAAGAAGGGAAAAAAGGAAAAAAGAAGGGAAAAAAGGAAAAAAGAAGGGAAAAAAGGAAAAAAGAAGGGAAAAAAGGAAAAAAGAAGGGAAAAAAGGAAAAAAGAAGGGAAAAAAGGAAAAAAGAAGGGAAAAAAGGAAAAAAAGAAGGAAAAAAGGAAAAAAAGAAGGAAAAAAGGAAAAAAAGAAGGAAAAAAGGAAAAAAAGAAGGAAAAAAGGAAAAAAGGAAGGAAAAAAGGAAAAAAGGAAGGAAAAAAGAAGGA